UUGCGUGCCGACAUGCCUUUGGUGGGUAAGAAUAGACUCACAAUGAAGCCUCACAUCUCUCGUCUUCUGUUGUCUGAGAACAGUUGUUGUCAGGACACUAGCGGAGGUAAGACAGGAGACAGGGAUGGUAACUACAAGCUAAUUUGGAUCAUCCCAGGUCUGCCCAAGAAGACCACCUAUCUAGGUGGAUAAGGGGAUAAGUUUUAAUGCUCAGUAGGAAUAAGUUUAAUACAGACUGUAAACUCUUUUUGUUAUGUGGAAUUAAGUGGACUGUGUGUUGACCAGUGUGAUAUCCAGUGUGGUUUUGUAUGGGUUUGGAGGCCUCAAUCUGCUGGCAUGGGGAAACAGACUGCAUCACAAAUGAUCUUCAUGACAUUGAACAACAACAUCACCCUCAUAGGGAAAGCCUGGCUGAUCCUGGUGGUAUUCUUGAGGAUCUUGAUCUUGUUGUUUGCUGGAUAUCCCCUUUACCAGGAUGAGCAGGAGAGAUUUGUCUGUAACACCAUUCAGCCCGGUUGUGCCAAUGUGUGCUAUGACAUGUUUGCCCCUCUUUCCCUUUUCCGCUUUUGGCUGGUAGAGCUAACCACCCUGUGUCUUCCCUAUGUGAUGUUUGUCGUCUACGUAAUCCACAAAGUCAAUUCCGGGCUGGCUGUUGAUAGCGGGACCUCCGAAUCCAUAAAAGCAGAUUCGCUCUACAAGAUCCACCAAGAAUCGUUCAGGAAAGCAUCGCUUUGCAAGACCGUCGUAAAGGCUGAAAAUGGUCACGUUGAGCAUUUCACAGGAGCUUACAUCCUGCAGCUCUUGAUUCGGAUGUUUGUAGAAGCUGGAUUCGGAGCUGCCCACUACUACCUGUUUGGCUUUCACGUCCCCAAACGCUUCAUGUGCCAGCAGACGCCCUGCACAACCAUGGUGGACUGUUACAUCUCCAGACCAACUGAGAAGACCAUCAUGCUGAACUUCAUGUUGGGAGCGGCCGCUCUGUCUCUAAUGCUAAACGUGUGCGACCUGAUCUGUGCCUCCAAGCGCUCCGUGAGGCAAAAAAGCAAAAAAAAGAAAAUGCUCGUGGAGAAGAUGUACGCGGAGGAACAGUAUUACCUGUCAGGAAGUGGGAGUCAACCUGUGGACACUAAUAUCUCACCAGCCAAAGACACGGUGGGCACGGGAAAGUUUCGAAAGAGAGGAACCAGAGACUCAAGUGAAGAUGAAGCUGCUUCCAUCCUCCUAGAUGAUGAUCCUCCACCAGCAUCACCUUUUGGAGGAAUACCGACGAUUAAGGAAAUGCCCGGCAUCACCAACAAUGACGAUAGCAGCAUUUACCAACCCAACCAGGAAGAAGGGAUGAUUCGAGGGGAAAGUAAAGUGCCGUUGUGUCCCAAUGAGCCUUCGGGGACUCCAAGAUCCAUUCGAAUUAGCAAACGUGGUCGUCUCAAACCUCCUCCACCACCACGAAGGGACAAACCAGCCUCUCAGGGAGCGAUUGAUGUCUCGGGGGCAGUAUGUGCUAGGAGACUGGGGCAAUAUACACUUGUAGAGAUGUCCACCGGUAAUGAAAUACCAACUUGCGUUGGAGACGGCCAAGAGAAACGGUCAGAGUGGGUGUGACUGUCAAAGAUUGCGAAUAUGAAAUAAUGUACAUCAUAAGCUUUAAAGUGCAUGUAAGUUGGAGAGGUAAACGCUUAGUCAACAUACGGCCUUCAACAUCCACCUGUCGCUCAUGUUUGUCUAAGCCCAUGCGCAUUCUUUCACCGAGCAGACAGUCCUUGACAAACCUUGCCUUCAACAAGCAGGAAAGGUGGAGAGCCAAUCUAAAAACAGGCCUGUUGUAACCACCCAAGGUCCUUGAUGUUGAAUAGAUAAGACUGACAUACAUUUGGCUUAAUCUUGGGCAGGCACCAAACCGAAAUGGGAAUCUGGUUAAACAGGCCCAUUCCCUGAGGGUACAUGAUAAUUAUUGCCUUAAAGGGCCUCCAAAUCCUCUAGCUGUGGAGCUGGUUAAGUUUCAGACAAUCGCACAGUGCAUUAUAAAGCAAUUACUGCUCGGCCUGUUUUGUAUUUAUGGUGACGGCUUGUAACACUAUUUCAAGGACCCACUGGGCUUUGGUUCGGAGGUUUACAGCAAACACUUUAAAUAGAGCCCCGUAAUCUGGUGUAA